AUGUCCACCACAAACCAAUCCCCCUCCUUCACAACAUCCCUCCUAGCAGGCGGAAUAGCAGGCACAACAGUAGACCUAACCCUCUUCCCCCUCGACACCCUCAAAACCCGCCUCCAGUCCUCGGCCGGCUUCUUCCCCUCCGGCGGCUUCACCGGAAUCUACCGCGGCAUCGGCUCCGCCGUCGUCGGCUCGGCCCCCGGCGCCGCCUUCUUCUUCUGCACCUACGAGGGUUCCAAAUCCUUCAUACACUCCCGCCUCCUCGCGCUCUCAGGAUCAUCAUCACCAACAGGGGAAGCGUCGGUGACCAAACCAGCCUGGAUCGACCCAGCAACCCACAUGCUCGCCGCCUCCCUAGGCGAAAUCGCCGCCUGCGCAAUCCGCGUCCCCACCGAAGUCGUAAAACAGCGCGCCCAAGCAGGCCAGCACGGCGGCUCCUCCCUCCUCGCCUUCCGCUCCAUCCUCUCCCAAUACUCCUCCCCGACCGGACGCAACGGCCUCUCCGCCGUCUGGCGCGAGCUCUACCGCGGCUGGUCCAUCACCGUCCUCCGCGAGGUACCCUUCACCAUAAUCCAGUUCCCCCUCUGGGAACGCCUCAAGCGCUGGGGCCGCGAGCGCAAACAGGCCAAGAACUACAAGCUCGACAUCGACCCGGCCACGGGGGCGAACACCCGCCGACAAACGCAGUACGAGGUCAGCGCCGUCGAGAGCGCGCUGUACGGCAGCGUGGCCGGCGCCGCGGCGGCCGGGAUCACGACCCCGCUCGACGUGCUCAAGACGAGGGUGAUGCUGAGCCAGCAGAAGGAAAAGAUUGGCGAUAUCCUGAGGACGAUUUACAAGGAGCACGGGAUCCGACCCUUCUUUGCGGGUAUCGGGCCAAGGGUCAUGUGGAUCAGCAUCGGGGGGUCCAUCUUCCUCGGCAGUUAUCAGUUUGCGUCAAACACCUUGACUGGCGCCGUGAUAUAA